AUGUCGCGGCUAAGGGAGGAGCUUUUGAAGAUGACGUUCCCCUGCCUUGAAGACGAAGCGGGGCAGGCCUUUGGCGAGGCGACAUGGGAGAACGCCGUGGACAUGUUCAUCGCGAAACGCUGCCGGUCCUAUCCUUUCAACGGCUCAGAGGAUGGCAGCGUGGAGCACGAGCGCCCACGAGAGAUGGCCAAUGAGAUGACACACGAGAUGGUCCAAGAGCAAGAGGAAUUGAUUCGCCUGAUGUACUUUCAACACAACGACACGAGGGCUAUUCACAAGACCGUUGAGCGCGAUGGGAUGGUUCUGGGACCGAGAGGGAAGCAGCAGUUUUGGCGGCACCACAGCAACAGCCACAAGCACGUGCUGAGGCCGACAGACGCGGAAAGGGAGGGCCAGCUCUUUAGGGAAGACUGUCUCUACUACCAAAGCCAAAGAGGAAGCGCCAAUCGGCCGUCUGGGAACAAGAAAAUCAUGCUGUAUCUCCGGUAUCUUUGGUCUCUUCUUGGUCUCCACCCACACAUGUCCUGCCUUACAGCGCAGCACAGCACAGCUUUGCCUUCCUCUCCGAAGACCAGCAGGUGUGUUGUGGUGAUGGUGGAGUAUGGGUGGUACGUGAGAUUGCUGGUACUGCUGUAG